CGGCGGGGCCUGAGGGGGCCCGGCACAGCCCGGCACAGCCCGGUACAGCCAUGCAGGCCUUCCUCAAGGGCCCGGCCUCUAUCAGCACCAAGCCCGUCGCUGCCAAGGAAAAGAGCGCGGCUGGGAGCAGCGGGGAGGGCAAGAGGACCAAACCUAUCCCCUGGGUGGAGAAAUAUCGCCCCAAAAAUGUGGAUGAAGUUGCCUUCCAGGAUGAAGUUGUAGCUGUGCUGAAGAAGUCCCUGGAAGGUGCUGAUCUUCCCAAUCUGUUGUUCUAUGGCCCACCUGGAACUGGAAAGACUUCCACUAUUUUAGCAGCUGCUAGAGAACUGUUUGGGCCUGAUUUAUUCCGGCAAAGAGUCCUUGAGUUAAAUGCGUCUGAUGAGCGUGGGAUCCAAGUGAUUCGGGAAAAAGUGAAGGCUUUUGCUCAGCUCACAGCGUCUGGAAGCCGUUCAGAUGGUAAAAUGUGCCCUCCUUUUAAAAUUGUGAUCCUGGAUGAAGCAGACUCCAUGACUUCAGCGGCCCAGGCAGCCUUGAGACGCACAAUGGAAAAAGAAUCUAAAACAACACGUUUCUGUCUUAUUUGUAACUACAUCAGCAGAAUAAUUGAACCUUUAACAUCUCGAUGCUCCAAAUUCCGCUUCAAGCCUUUGUCUGACAGUAUCCAACAGCAGAGGCUGUUGGAUGUUGCUGAGAAGGAACAAGUGAAAAUCAGUAAUGAGGCAGUAUCUUACCUGGUGAAAGUGUCAGAAGGGGACUUAAGAAAAGCAAUUACCUUUCUUCAAAGUGCCACUCGCCUAAUGGGUGGGAAGGAGAUCACAGAGAAGAUAAUCACUGAAAUUGCUGGGGUCAUCCCUAAAGAAACAAUUGAUGAACUGCUGUUGGGCUGCCAGAGUGGUUCCUUUGAGAAACUGGAAGCACUGGCAAAGAAUCUGAUCAGUGAGGGGUUUGCUGUUGCUCAGCUUGUGAACCAGCUGCAUGACACCAUUGUGGAGAGUGAAGAUUACAGUGACAAGCAGAAAUCUGCCAUGGUUGAGAAACUUGCAGAAGUGGACAAAUGCCUGGCAGAUGGUGCUGAUGAAUUCCUGCAGCUGAUGAGUCUCUGUGCCCUUGUGAUGCAGCAGCUCACACAGAAUACCUGACUCCUCCGGCAGCCCUCUCUGCCAGGGGUGGCUGGGGCUCUCACAACAGGGACCUGUGUACUUUUGUACUGUUUUUUUUUUUUUGCAAUAAAAGGACUGCACUGCAGUUGGAAAA